AAGAUGAUGUAAGACAUUACUUCAUGGGACGUUUUUUUUCUCUCUCUCUCUCUUGCACGGCUUGGAGCAACAUUAUCUUAAACCUUCUAUCGGACCAAACGUUUCCGCACUCAGCAGUUUGGAGUGAUGGGUGCGCGCAGGAGUCCCGCUUCCAUUCUCCUCUAUGUGAGCAAGCUCGGAGCGUGUUUCAGGAGCAUCCCAAGUGUCUGGAGUGAUGCUUAGCAGAAAAAUGAUGGGAUGCACGCACAUUCUGCAAUUUAUCAUGGAAUGAUGUGGUUGAACUUGAAGCCAGACACAAGACGGCGAACCUUUGCACGGAAAACUUGAGCAAAAAAUGUUUUUACUUUUUUGACGGCGAAAAAUUUCAGUCAAGUGAGUAUUAUAUUUCUUUUAAGUCACAGCAACGACCCAUCGCAGUGAAAUAUAAUGCGCUCACUGGCUAUGAUUAUCGAUUCUGUUCAAGAAAGGAUGCACCAUGGACAAGCACAUUUACGCAUGGCGUUAAAGGAUGUCCUGUAGGCACACCUUGGCAUUGUUUGUCAUGAGAUACUGGAUGCGAGGACUGCAGCUUGAAUCAAGGCUAUGCUUUGGAUGUGAGUGUACCAGCACCAUGCAGCUGCACCCCACACCCUGAACUUCUGGGACGUUUGCGCUCCGAGACGAGAUUCAGAUUUCGUGCAAGAUUUCCAAAAAAUGGCACUGAGCGAAAACUGCAAAACACAACCUACAAAAGAGCAAGGCUCAGUGCAAAAUCCUCCAUCGGAUGUUAUUGAGCUAAACGUGGGUGGACAGGUGUAUUAUACUCGCCAUGGCACCUUGACGAGCUUUCCAAAUUCCUUACUUGGAAAGCUGUUCUCUAACAAGAAAGGGUCUUCAAAUGAUUUGUCCCGGGAUCUCAGAGGGCGUUAUUUUAUCGACAGAGAUGGCUUUCUGUUUCGGUAUGUAUUGGAUUACCUUAGAGACAAGCAAGUUGUCCUCCCUGACCACUUCCCCGAGAGAGGACGGUUGAAAAGAGAGGCGGAAUACUUCCAGCUGCCAGAAUUGGCCAAACUUUUGUCGUCGGAUGACUCCAAACUAUUUCAAGACGACCUGUGCUACAGUGAUCUCGACGAUGCGUCGCAGGGCAGCGACCUGAGGUUUUAUCCCUCUUACUCCUUGGACAGGAGGUACGGCUACAUCACGGUCGCUUUCAAAGGCGUUUGCGCUGGGGGAGGCAGAGAAAGUCAAACUGAUGCCAAGGCCAAAAAGUUACCAAGAAUCUUCAUCAGCAGUAGGAUUGGCUUGGCUAAAGAGGUAUUUGGAGACGCCCUGAAUGAGAACAGGGACUCGGACAGACCGCCGGACCGUUACACCUGCAGGUUUUACCUCAAGUUCAGGCACCUGGAGAGAGCUUUUGACAUGCUGUCAGAGAGCGGCUUUCACAUUGUGGCCUGCAAUUCGUCCCUGACUGCGUCCUCCGUCGGUCAUUACGCGGAUGACAGGGUCUGGUCCAAUUACGCACAGUACAUCUUCUACCGAGGGCCCUCGAGGUGGUUGUCCUCUCACUGUGACUGCUGCUGCAAGAGCCACAAAAGCGAGCGUGAGGGAGAGAGUGGCACUUCCUUCAACGAGCUCUCCACUUCCUGUUCUGAAACCCAAUCGGAAGCCAGCUCCCCUCAUGGAACCGUGAUCUGUGGCCCUGUGAGCCACCGGUCCAAUGUCCAGACGCUGGACCGUACCAUGCCUAAAGGACCGGUUCACAUGCUGCAGCAAGCAGAGAUGCGCCGCAAGACUGACAUGCUACGCGUGAGAACCUUUGGGGUCCGUGAACGGGAGGCGGCAAAGAGGAAAGCUAACAAGGAGAAGAUGACCCCAGAACAAGAGCUGGAGAAAUGCAUCCAGGACUUCCGCCGGAUUAGGAUUCCUGAUCGCUUUCCAGAGAGGAAGUACAUGUGGCAAUCAGAGCUUCUGAGAAAGUACCGUCUCUAAAUACGAGUGUGAAGAAGGAGAAAGAGAAGCUGACGAUGAUGAUGGUGAUGAUGAUGAUGAUGAUGGUGCUAUGCCAACAUCAAUGAAGAGUAUUGACUGCAUAGGCAAUAGACUGCACCCUCUAAGACACACACUGUAUUAGAAAAAACAAAACAAAAACAAACUAUGGCCACUUUCCCGCCAGCAUGACUAGCUGAGCACACAACGUACAAGGCAGUGUGAGUCCUUGAUUUGUGAAGUAUGCACAGUGUUGUGUAUGAUAUGCACAUUCGUACAUCAGGUUGGGGCUUACAUCAAUAACCCUGUUCUCACUUUAGAGCCGAGAACCAGUCGUACUAAAGGCUACUAUAUCACUAGCUGAAGCAACAGAGCAACCUCAGGGGCAACAUCAUUUCAGUCCAUCGAACUACCACAUACUGUAUGUGCAAUCGCCCACAAUAGCUGUUUUUUGUUUUUUUAUUUUUUAAAAAAUGGAUGUACCCAAAUGGUGCUGUGAGUUAGCAAUGGAAUAUCACUUAACUCCACAGAUAACAAAUAUACUUAUUGUAGGCAUUGAUAACGGCACUGCAUGUCAUUUCACUCUUAGAAUAAUUAUGCAAUAUCAAACUAAAACUGAAACUACCAAACUAAAUUCACUCUUUUGUGUGAUGGGUAAAAAUGGUGUGUUAUGACAGAGACUAAAUUAAAUGAGGAAAGCACUGCCCAUAGAUCUCUUUGCCAUUGUAAAACUUUUUUGUCCAAUAUUGUCAUUAUAUGUUCAAUAGAUGAUGUUGUGUAGAUAGAGUAUUUAACGCCAAUGGAUAUUUAACUAAUCCUUGAUUGUAAGUGUGCAAAAAAAAAGCUA